AUGUCGAGUCCGACAGAUAUAUUCUUGCCACCGACGCUACCAUAUCCUAUAAAAGUCACAUCUCUCGAUGUUCACCUAGGUACUACUGUGCAGCGCGGAACCCGGCUAUUGACGUACUCCUUCCUGUAUUCAUCUCCUGCAACAGUCUCAAAGCCAGAAACUCGGUUUGGCACAUGGGACUGCUCAAUUGAAGGAAUUGUUGAAUCCUGGAGGGUCAAGCUUGGCGACUCCAUAUCUGCCCAGAAGGCGAAACAGAGGCCUAUCAUAUGCAUCACGGAGCCAUGCAAGCAUGGUGUUCAGAUUGGGGGACUAUGUGGGCUGUGCGGGAAGGAUAUGACAGAAUUUGAUUAUACGGGAUUCUCUGAUGCGUCGCGCGCAUCUAUCCAAAUGACGCAUUCUGCUUUCGGUCCAACGGUUUCUUUAGAGGAAGCCCGCAGGAUAGAAAAGGAAACAGCAGACCACUUACUCAAGUCGAGGAAACUCUCUCUCAUCGUCGAUCUUGACCAAACCAUAGUGCAUGCAACGGUCGACCCGACUGUGGGUGAGUGGAUCGCAGAAGGCGAGGCAUGGGAGGCCAGACAAACAAAAAAGGGAUCGACUACUCCAAAGGACGGACCUUCUGACGACGACGACUCUGACGGGACAGCGUCUGAUGCUGAAGACGAAUGCAAUCCAAACUGGGAAGCUUUGCAGGAUGUACGAAAGUUUCGUUUGGGUCCAGAAUCAUUUGGAAUGCUUUCAGUUCCAAGAGGCGGGCACAAAGGAAAGGGAAAGCAGAAAUUAAUCGAGAAUGAAGGAUGCAUGUAUUACAUCAAACCUCGACCUGGAACACAGGAAUUCUUUCGAAAUAUAUCGACAAAGUACGAGAUGCAUGUGUACACCAUGGGUACCCGAGCCUACGCAGAAGAGGUUUGUGCUGCCAUUGACCCUGAUGGUAAAAUAUUUGGAGGAAGGAUCCUCAGUAGAGAUGAAAGCGGGAGUCUCACGCAGAAAAGUCUACAACGUCUAUUUCCAUGUGAUACAUCCAUGGUAGUUAUCAUCGAUGAUCGUGCAGACGUUUGGGAGUGGAGUCCGAACCUCAUCAAAGUCAUCCCGUACGAUUUUUUCGUUGGCAUAGGAGACAUCAAUUCUGCCUUCCUGCCUAAAAUUGAACCUCUCGCGCCCACGGUCCUAACUCCAUCUCUUGCCAAACCGCCCUCACCUCCUGUGUCUGGUUCCGAAGCCCCAUCACUACCAACAUCAACACCCGAAGAACGCGAAAAAGCAGAGAUGGAAUCGAAGGCAAUGCUAACACAAAAUUCCAUGGCGCUCGAAGCCCAAGUCGAAGAGCGUCCGUUGGCCAAGAAGCAAGAAGCUCUGCUGGAGUCUGACGGCACUGGACCGACUACACCACCUGGGGAUCCAUCACCUGGUCAUCCCAAGAGCGAUAUGAAGGCAGCGGAAAGCCCCAAAGCAGAGAAAGUUCAACGCAAGGCGUUGCUGAAGAACGACGAUACCGAGCUUCAACGGGUUGGCUAUCUACUUGGGGAAGUCCAUCGUCGCUUCUUUACCUCAUAUGACAGCAGAUCGCCAGAAGACCGAGGUAAGAAACGACGGCCCACCCUUACGCGGUCUAAAGCCCACGACGUGACAAGAAUUAUUCCGCAAAUGCGCAUGGACACUCUGCAAGGGGUACAUAUAUUAUUUUCCAGUGUGAUACCUCUUGAUACAAAGCCCGAAACAACUGAGAUCUGGAAAAUAGCUCACAUGUUUGGAGCACAAUGCUACACUGAGCUAUCCAGUCGAAUCACCCACGUGGUUGCCGCCAAGCAUGGCACAGUCAAGGUAGAUGCCGCACGGAAGCGAGGAGGAAUCAAGAUUGUGUGGUUAUCAUGGUUCACGGACUCAAUAGCACUGUGGCGUCGACAAGAUGAGACUCCAUAUUUACUGGAUGACCCGUCAGCUGCCGCUCCCAGUUCUAGUCCGAUCCUCGACCCACACCAGAUUUCUUCAGAUCCGGAGCCCGAUGCAGACGACUGGGACGUGGAGCCUGCCCCAGCAGGGAGCGCGUCCUUGGAGCUUCACGACAUCGAUUGGAACGAUAUCAAUGAUGAAGUAGAAGCUGCUAUGAACGAGAGCGACGAUGAAGAUGAUGCCAUGAGUGAGAGGAGUAGUGCGAGAAGUGCGUUUUCUGAUAGCGAUGAUGCCAUGCUUGAUGACACUCGAAGUCAACUAAGUAGUCCAACUACUACCCCUCGACUGAAACGCAAAAGGCUACGUAGUGUCACACCCUCGGACGGUGGAAAUAACGGGGUUGGCGACAGGCAGGGCGAUGUCCUCCGUUCUCCCCUUGCCAAGCGCAAGAAACUAGCCGCAAGUCGAAGUGGAGCAUCCAAACUGAAAGAGGCUGUUACUGCUGAUGAGUUGGUGGAUACCGAGUCGCUCUCGGAUCACAGCCGUAAACCAUCACCACUAUUAUCCGUACCGCUCAAGAGUUUCGAGGAAGGUGCUGAGGACGACGAUUAUGCUGACGAUGGAGACGAUGAAGACGACGACUGGCUAGCCCACGAAUUGGAAGUUGACUGGGGAUAA